GUGAAUUUGAAGGCGUACGUCCAAAGAGCAGAACAAGAACAAGAAAGAAGGAAGACAGAGUUGAUCAGUGUCUCUAGGAUUGCGGGAUUGUUGUUGUGAGAAAAGAAAGGGAAGGGAAGGAGAGGAAAGAAACAAAAUAGUAUAUGGCCUUCCCCAUUCCAGACAGGGUGAAGAGGCUGUGGGAUGAGUGGAAUCUUCGUGCUGCUGUUCUCAUCAGUCUCUUCUUUCAAGUGGUAUUGAUAUGCUGUGCAGCAUCACGAAAGCGAACAAAAGACAAGAUACUGACUGCUGCAAUAUGGUUAGUUUAUCUGCUUGCUGAUUGGUUUGCGGCUUUUGCCGUUGGACUCAUCUCUAACGGUCAAAGCAAUGAUUGUCCUGAGAGUUUUAGAGUGAAUGAAGGUCUUGCUGCAUUUUGGGCUCCAUUUUUAUUGUUACAUCUUGGUGGUCCUGAUGACAUUACCGCCUUCUCGCUUGAAGACAACGAGUUGUGGAUACGGCAUCUGCUUGGGCUUGUCAUUCAGCUUCUUGCUGUUCUUUAUGUCUUUUCACAAUCCAUUCCUAAUGUGCUCUCAGUUCCCACAAUGCUCUUGUUUUUUGCUGGAAGUAUUAAAUAUGCUGAGCGAACUCGCGCUCUAUAUUCAGCUUGCUUGGGUAAUUUUAAAGCUUCUAUGCUUCCAAUGCCAGAUGCUGGACCAAACUAUGCUCAGCUUAUGGAGGAGUACUCAUCAAAAGAAGCUGCUGAUGUUCCAGUUGAGAUUGAAAUAGUGAAGGAACAUGAGAGUGGCACUCAGAUUUCUUCAACACCAGAUGAAGAGAAUUUGACUACUGAAGAAAUCAAUGAUCUAGAUGUUUUGCAGAAUGGGUAUGAAUUAUUUUACACUUUCAGGGGGCUGAUUGUUGACCAUAUGUUUAGCUUUCAUGAGCGCAAUAAGAGCAGAAAAUUCUUCUUCCAAAGGUCUGCCGUUGAUGCUUUCAGAGUAAUGGAGGUGGAGCUCAAUUUUAUGUAUGACACUCUCUACACUAAGAUGGCUGUGGUACACUAUAAUGUAGGCUAUCUUUUCCGCUUGAUCUGCUCUGUACUUAUAGUGCUUUCUUUUGAGCGCUUUGCAUCGCAUCAUAAACUCAAGAUCAACCAUUUUGAUGUUGCUGUUACCUACAUAUUGCUUUUGGGUGCUGUUGUCUUAGAUUUUGUGGCUUUCGUUAAGCUUGUCUUCUCUGACUGGACCAUAGUUUUGGUUAAGAAUCUGACAGUUAAAUCAAUGGUACAUGCAGUCCUUAAAAAGCUGUCAUUCGCCAAAAGGUGGUCUAAUAGCAUCUCACAACAUAACUUGAUCAAUUUCUGCCUACAUCAGCGCUGGAGAUGGCUAGAUAUUGCAGCUGAAACCACUGGACUCAAGGAAGUCCUUGAUGAAAUGAAAUACAAGGAGAACAUUAUCAUUCAGGAAGAUUUGAAGAUAUUCAUCUUUAAUGAGCUCAAGGUCAAAGCUAGCAAAGCAAAAACCACUAAAGUUGCUAAAGAAGUAUACUCCGCUAGAGGUGAUUGGGCUCUGUUAGAUUACACCAGUCACUACCCAUAUCCCACCAUUUCAUCUAGUGUAAGUGAGGAGGUUGAAUACGAUGAGAGCCUGUUGCUGUGGCAUGUUGCCACUGAGCUCUGCUAUUCCACGAGCCCUGAUGAUGCCAAUCCUAAUCGCAAGUUUUGUAAGCUUAUAUCUGAUUAUAUGUUGUAUCUUUUGGUUAUGCGGCCUACUAUGAUGUCUGCAGUUGCUGGUAUUGGACAGAUUCGAUUUCAGGAUACGUGUGAAGAAGCUAAGAAGUUCUUCAGCAGGUGGAAAUCAGAAGUAAAAUCCCCGGUCUUAUCAGCCUUGGAUAUGUGCUCAAAAUUGAUCGUCUGCCACACAGCCAGGAAUACAUCUCCUGAAAUAGAAUCAAGCUCGGCAAGCCGGCAUAAAGAUGCAUGUGAAAAGUUACUUAAUGUAAAUACUGUCGUUAAACCCAUCGAAGUGAAGGGUGAUAGAAGUAAAUCACUAUUGUUUGAUAGCUGCAGGCUUGCAAAGGAUUUGAAAAAGUUGAAGGAUGACAAGAGGUGGGAAAUAAUGAGUAAAGUGUGGGUGGAACUGUUGUCUUAUGCUGCCAGUCACUGCCGAGUAUAUGCUCAUGCUCAGCAGCUCAGUAAAGGCGGUGAGCUCAUAACUUUUGUUUGGAUACUGAUGGCUCAUUUUGGAUUAGGAGAACAAUUCCGGAUUGAGGCUGGACACGCAAGAGCAAAACUGAUUAUCAGAAAAUAGCAGCUACAUACCUGGAAAAGCCCAGUGACCAUUUCCAUCCUUGCUGCUAAAGGAAACAGAGUUCUCCAAUCUAGAUUGUUUUCUGCACUUUGGUGAGUGUUGUACUUCUGGAAAAGAAUGCCCUCAUCCAUCCGUUUUGAGUUACAAUUUCAGACUCACAAGUCAUGCUACAGUUCCUCGUACUCGUUGUAAGCACUAUUCUAGAUACGUCUUAUGUCUUCUUUGGCUUUGGCAACCUCAGAUUAAGUGAGCACUACGUGAAGCAAUUUCAUUGUUUUUCAUGAGCA